AUUAAGAUGCUUGGUAAAGCAGCUGGAGAAGGGUGACAUUAAUGUGGUGGAUUUAAAAAAGAAUAUUGAAUAUGCAGCAUCUGUGCUGGAGGCAGUUUAUAUUGAUGAAACCAGAAAGCUUUUGGACACUGAAGAUGAGCUUUCUGACAUACAGUCGGAUUCGGUCCCGCUGGAAGUGCGGGACUGGUUAGCUUCUACAUUUACAAGGGAAAUGGGAAUAGUGAAGAGAAGACCUGAAGAAAAGCCCAAAUUCCGAAGCAUUGUGCAUGCUGUACAAGCUGGGAUUUUUGUGGAAAGGAUGUAUCGAAGAACUUCGAGCAUGGUUGGUUUGGCUUACCCAGCAGAAGUGAUCGUAACAUUUAAGGAUGUUGAUAAAUGGUCUUUUGACGUAUUUGCCCUAAAUGAAGCAAGUGGAGAGCACAGUCUGAAAUUUAUGAUGUAUGAGCUGUUUACCCGAUACGACCUUCUGAGCCGUUUCAAGAUCCCUGUUCCAAAUCUUAUUUCGUUUGCUGAAGCUCUUGAAGUUGGUUACAGCAAAUACAAAAAUCCAUAUCACAAUUUGAUCCAUGCAGCUGAUGUUACUCAAACUGUGCAUUACAUAAUGAUUCACACUGGUAUCAUGCACUGGCUCACAGAACUGGAAAUUUUAGCAAUGAUCUUUGCAGCUGCCGUCCAUGAUUAUGAACAUACUGGGACCACAAACAAUUUUCAUAUUCAGACAAGGUCAGAUGUUGCAAUAUUGUACAAUGAUCGUUCUGUUCUUGAAAAUCAUCAUGUAAGUGCUGCUUAUAGACUCAUGCAAGAAGAAGAGAUGAACAUCCUGGCAAAUUUAACAAAAGAUGACUGGAGGGAGUUGCGUAGCUUGGUCAUUGAGAUGGUCUUGUCUACGGACAUGUCGGGUCAUUUUCAACAAAUUAAAACGAUGCGACACACGCUACAGCAGACAGAAGGGGUAGACAAAGCCAAAGCCAUGUCUUUGAUUCUACAUGCAGCAGACAUAAGCCAUCCAGCAAAAUCCUGGGAACUGCACUACCGGUGGACCAUGGCCCUGAUGGAAGAAUUUUUUCGACAGGGAGACAAGGAGGCUGCUUUAGGUCUUCAGUUUUCCCCACUCUGUGACCGCAAGUCUACUUUGGUAGCUCAGUCCCAAAUAGGUUUCAUUGAUUUCAUUGUAGAACCAACAUUUUCUCUUCUUACGGACUCAAUGGAGAAAAUUGUUAUGCCUCUUAUAGAGGAAGCAUCAAAAUCUGAAAGUCCUGCAUUUGGGACAUCCAGCCAAAAUAGUUUGGGAGCAGUAAGCAAUGCUGAAGCACAAAGACGACCCAGUUUUAAAAGUGCAAGUGAUGGGGGGACUCACACAGAAAAUUCUCUAGCAACUGUAGACCUAACGAGCUUUAAGGACAACUUGAUGAAGAUCAUUCAAGCAAACAAAGAAAGAUGGAAAGAAUUAGCAAUAGAAGAAGAACUUGUGAAAAAUGUUGGUGAACAGGAAAAAGACCAAAGCAGAAAUUCCACAGAUGCACAGUUACAGGAAGAGACAACAAGGAUACAAAAUGAGAGUAGUCAGGGAAGCGAUGGUACAACCUGUCCUCCCAGAUCCAUCGUCCUACAAGUAGUCUCUUUCGACAGUCCUCUGAGUGAUGAAUCCAACUCAGAAAAAUGCACUAACUCUGAUCCGAACCAGAAAGAUCCCACCGAUGCCCAGCGAGAAACACAGAAUGCAGACCCACUGAAUGGUGAGCCUAAACGCUGUAUGAAGUCAGAAGAUAUAGUGAAAGUCACUGAGCAGAAAGAAGCACUGAUACACAACUAG